ACAUAUAAACUGUCGUACAAAAUGAUGGCACUGCUCAUGGACACCAGACUCCUAUUAAGAAAAGUUAAAGAUUUAAGGACUUUAACGCCCAAGCGAAACCGAGUGAAAGAAAAAUGGGCUGCUACACGUCCCAAGCACCCCCCUACCAGUCUGGCCCUGCAGCACUUUGAUGCAACCUACAGUGUCCAGCUGGGGCAGCUGUGGCCAUCAGUCCGAGUCGCCUUGCUCUCAGAGAGGAAAUACGGAGCCCUGCUCAACAAUUUCUCACAGGAUGCUGUUCUGGAAGACCUCCGAGCAAAGGGAGGCCAAGACUUCAUCAACGACACAGAUACAGAGGCUCAGCCAUGCUUGGCGCAAGAAUCUGAGGCUGGUGUGGAGGGGGAAUCCAGCGAUGUUCCUGUGAAAAAAUCUGACGUUGACGGUCAGCAGCUAUCUCCCCUACAGCUUAGUCCUAACAUCAAGUGUGUAGUGUUUCCAAGAGGGGAUAUCACAAGAUUCAAGCCUGCUAGACCAGACAUGUACAGGUUGUUGGGUUACUACCUGCUGGACGCAGCAUCAGUGCUGCCUUGUCUUGCACUGGAUGUUCAAGAAGGUCACAAUGUGCUUGACCUCUGUGCUGCUCCAGGAGGCAAGACUCUGGCUUUACUUCAAACCCAGGCUAUCAGGUUUUUGUGUUUAAAUGACACCUCUGUGUCUCGGACAUUGCGACUGAGAAAGGUCCUACGCAGCUAUAUUCCUAAGCAGUUUUUGACAGACAAGAACCUACGCAUCACCUCCUUUGACGGCACUAAGUGGGGAGAAAUCGAAAGGAACACUUUUGACAGAGUCCUUGUUGACGUUCCCUGCACUACGGACAGACAUUCACUCAUGGAGGAUGACAACAAUAUAUUCAGUAAGAGCAGGACUGGAGAGAGACGGAGGCUGCCACAGGUACAGCUGGAGCUGCUGCUGGCGGGAAUCGAAGCAGCCUGUCCGGGUGGGGAGAUAAUGUACUCCACCUGCACGCUCUCUCAAAUCCAGAACCUGAGCGUGGUGGAACAGGCCAUCCAAUUGGCUCGAGAGAAGCACGGCAUCCACCUUGAGGUUGUCGAUCUGCGACCCCUCACACACAUGUUUAGCAAAACUUUUCACUUUGCUCCUGACCUCCACCUGGGUGAGAUGGUCAUCCCGCAUUUAGCCGCCAACUUUGGACCUAUCUACAUGUGCAAGCUGAGGAGACUGAUGUAGACUGUGGACUGAUGAGCAGGUUUGCCUAAAGGCUUGUGGACCUCUGGACUCUCAAGUAUUGAGUGACUCUCCACUGCAAGAUUAAUAUUUAUCUACAUUUACAAACUGUACCGGUUGGAGCACAGUUGAUGGACUUGAGUGCUGAGUUAUUUCAAGAUUGGAUUAAAUGAAGUACCCAGUUGAUGGACAUAACUGUGGACACACUGGAAAGCGCUGAACUACAUUUUGCUAUGGAGACUUUUGGAGACUCAUAAGCCAACAAGAAUGACAAAUUUGAGUUUGGGGAUUUUUGAAUGGUGAUUUGACACAACGAGAUAGAAUAUACUGAAGACCGGAACCAGACUUGCGGUGUGUAUUUUACGCGCAGUUUUAUUUUUGCUCCAUAGGUGGCAACAGUAGCUAAACAGUAAAGGUGUCCUGUAUAUUGUGUGCCCACUAGAGGACACCACACACACACUGUAUCUGUAAAGGUUAAAGCAACUAUGUUCUCCUGCUCUCUGUCAGAUGCAUAGAGAUGAAUGUUUCAGGUUGUGAAAUCACAUUACUGAAUCACAAAUUUCUGUCAGAAAUACCUGCUCUCCUUAACUCUGGUGAAAAUGGGUUUGGCUUGUUCUAUGGUUAUUCAUCAGGUUUGAUGGCUUUGCCUAAUAAUGGGAUACGUGGCUGUGUGGAAGGAGGGCAUAAUGAACAGGCAGGUAAUGACUUAUUUGACCAUUUGGCUUCUCACAUCUGAACCUGAGCAAGUUUCAUUAUUAUAGCUGGAUUGACUCCGUUUUGCAUUGACAUCACCCAGAGGUGAAAUGUUUCCUCUUAUCACAGCCUAAUGUGAGCGCAGAGGUGCCUCUUUUUCCAUCACACCGCCGAUGACCCUUUAUGUUGUCCUGCCCAGGCAAUGUAGCGUGAAAAAGGUGUGUGUGUGUGCGUGUAUGUGUGUGUUUCUAACGAGUCCACCAACCGCAUCCCACUGUCAUUAAGCUGCUCCAAGUUCAGGAGCUGACUCCCAUCCGCGUGCAGGGAUGGACGGCAGCCAUGCGGCUCCCAGAUGAACAUUAAAGAGGCAGCAGAGAGCUAAAAUGGGACGUCUCGCCCUGUUUUGCCCCUCCGCUUUUUUAUUCCACAGAUGAGUGCAGAUAAUUUUCUGUGCGAUUGUGAGUGAUUACUGUAUUACUGCGGUAAAAGGGGGAUGUAUCGAGGAAUGCAGAGGGAAUUAAUGACACAUAAAAACUAUUUUUGUAUUGACUGCUUUCGUCUCCAGGGCCUUGAAUGCCUCUUCGCACAUCUUGUGAUUACCUAAACGUAUUGUAAAUAUGUGUUUCCUAUGGGCUCUUACAUAAAUUUACAUGUUUUAACACUCAGGAGACGGCAGACUGUUAGAGAUGACUUACUCUCUAUUCUGCCUGUCUAUAGACUCGACUGGCUGCCUGCUUUAUUAUUGAAUUAGCCAAUGAAGCGCUGUGCAUUUGUGUCCCUGUGUGUAAGCCUGUGUUAGGGAGACAUAUGCUGUGUAUUAGAAAGAUGAAUAUAAUGGAUUUAACUACACAGCCAUGCUUCUUUUGUUUUUUCAAAUACCAAUUUAAAUGUUACGUUUUUUUGAAAAUAUAGAUGCAAAACACUGUCACAGCCAUAUGUUUUCACCGCAUACAACACAAGCUGCUGAAUGAUGAUCUUGUACCCUUUAGUGAUGAACUCCAUAUAUUAAUACGGGGCACCUACAGUAGGUCAUUAAAUGACAGCAGAAGGUAAAAGUGACUUAAACUUAAACAUCUUGAAAGACAUUGGGCUUAAUGGAGCUAUAGGACUUGUCGAAAUGG